AUGCAGAGCAAAGGCCCAUCUGCCCCGGAACUGCCCCAGCGGCUGGCGACAGACCCAGACAAGAGUCUGGGAGGGGAGCCUUCGUGUAUACUGACGACCACAUCCGCAGCCCGCACCAUGGCCAAUAUCAUCCGGCCUUGCUAUGGUCCCUGUGGCCGGCAGAAGUUCCUGGUGGCUGCUAAUGGAGACAUGAUGUGCACGGGCCAUGCGGCUGCCAUCCUCAGGGUCCUGAAGCUGGAGCACCCAGCCGCCCAGCUUGUCAGGGAAGCGGUCCAAACGCAGGCGGAGAAUAGUGGGGAUGGCAGCGCCUUUGUGAUUCUCCUGACCGAAGCCUUGCUGGAGCAGGCCGAGAACCUCCUAAGAGCUGGCCUGUCCUGCCGCCAGCUGCGGGAUGCUUUUGCCACAGCCACAGCAGAAGUGCUCAGCUCUCUGCCUUCCUUGGCCAUCCGCUCCCUGGGGCCUUUGGAGGAUCCGUCCUGGGCGCUCCACACAGUGAUGGACACCCACACCCUGUCCAGUGUUCACUACCUGACCAGUCUUGUGGCCCACAUGUGCUGGAGUAGCAGGGAGCCAGAUGGCAGCUUUAAGCCCGAGCGGGUUGGGGUGUGCACGCUGCUGGGAGGGACACUGACUGAUUCUUGUGUCCUCCCAGGGCUGGUCAUGUCCGGGAAGUUCUGUGGACAAAACACUUCGGUGUUAACUGGUGCCCGUGUGGCCCUGUUUGCUUGUCCCUUUGGUCCUGCCCAACCAAGUACAGCAGUCACAGCCCGGCUCUCGAGCCCUGAAGACCUGACAGCGUUUAAGAAGGUCAGUGAUCCACUCAUGGAAAGGGAAGUGGCCCAGCUGGCCACUGCAGAGAUUAACGUGGUGGUGGUCUGGGGCGACGUCCACGAGAAGGCACUGGUGGAGGCCGACAAGCAAGGCAUCAUAGUGAUUCAAGUCUCCUCCCGGAAGGAGAUAGCUUACCUCAGUGAGGUGUUGAGCACCAUGGCCCAAAGUCGUGUGCUUCCUCCCAUGGAGCCAGGGCGAUGCCAGAAGGUUUACAAGCACGAGCUUGGCGACAGGUCCGUGGUGGUGUUUGAGUGGGAGCAGGUGAGCACGCCAGCCUUCACCUUGAUCCUCAGAGGGGCCACCGCGGACAGCCUGCGGGACACCGAGCAGGCCAUCUUCCAUGGCAUCAAUGCCUACUUCCAGUUGUGCCAAGACCCCAGGCUGCUGCCUGGAGCUGGAGCGGCAGAGAUGGCUCUGGCUAGAAUACUGGCAGAUAAGGGGAGCAGGCUGGCAGGCCCCGAGGGUCUUGUCUACCUAGCAUUUGCCGAGGCUCUGAGAUCACUUCCUAAAGCCCUGGCAGAGAAUGCAGGCUUAGCCGCCCACAAAGUGAUGGCACUGCUGACCGGAAUUCACCAGAUGGGGAACUUCUUCAUUGGUGUGGGAAUGGAUGGGGUCUUCAACGUGGCCCAGGAAGGGGUGUGGGACCUCCUGAAGACCAAAGCACAAGGGCUGCAGGUCGUGGCCGAUGUGGUGCAGCAGCUUCUCCGAGUGGACAGGAUCAUAGUGGCCAAGAAUGCGCCUGUGCGGCCGCAGAGCUUGGGUCCCGAUCCUCAGGAGACAAAGAGACACCCACCCCUGAGGAAAAAGUUCUUUGGAACGUGUCCCUAG